UUAAUUUUGUACUUAAAUAAUAUCACCGUUAUUUUUAUUUUUAAGAGCCUUAUUUUAAAAAUUUUUUUUUUUUUCAUGGUAUUAAUACUUUUAAAAAUAGAUCAUUCUUGCAUUCAAUUGUUUAUAUAUUUAUAAUUUUAGUAAGAAAUUAUUAAGUUUUACCAAUUAAUUAAAUUCUUAAUUUAUAAAAAAAACACGAAAUUCUCUUUUUGGAUUAUUGGUAUACAAAUGGUAUUUCCUGAAACUGAAAUGGUAUUUAUUUUUACGCCGAAUGGUAUUUUUGUCGUUUUCGGUGCGGUCACACUAUACGUGAAAGUGAUAUCCAAAAACGAUCACACUAUUUAAAGAAAAAAAAGCCGACGCGCGCGAUUCAUGUAUACAAGAAAUUCGUACUGUUUACAAAAACUAAAGAAAAUGUCGUUUCAAAACGUGUUAUGGAUUGUACUUACAGCACAGCUGAGUUUGGGAUAUGGUUAUUUUGAAAAUAAUCUCAGGCACGAAGACUACGAUGUCGAUACUAAUGGUCCUGUACAUCAUAAGAACUGGAUUCGCAACGAAAGGAUGGACAACAAUGGGCUGUACUGGCUCAAAUGGUGGAUAAAUGCAACAGAGAAUACUAUUUACUUCGAGGUAACUGUCCAUACUCGGGGAUUUGCCGGACUGGGUUUCUCCAAGGACGGCCGAGUGGCAAGAGCAGAUAUGGUGCUACUGUGGGUGGACGAUACCACGGAACAAGCGAACGCAUUGGAUUGUCAUGGGGCGCAGGAUCCUUCGAGCGGACCUCCUGUGCAAGACGAUACGCAAAACUAUGAUAUCAUUGAUGGUUACCAAAAUUCAACGCAUACGAAUGUGAGGUUCAAACGAAAAAUUGAAACUUGUGACCCAUUUGAUAUUCCCUUUUCGGCUGAUACUUUUAAAGUACUUUGGUCGAUGGGGGAUUCUGAUCCUCUCCACAGGAGCCUAGAAUGGCAUGGUCAGAGCAGAGGCGUAAAGUCGUUGCGAUUAUUUUCUCCCAUGUUUACCAAACAUAGUCGCAGUUCAAACUCAAAGACAUUUGAUAUGUCGGACAUUCAAAAAUGGGAUAUAACCGUGAACAAUGUAACCAUUCAACGAUCAAUGGACACACUAUACUGGUGUAAAAUAGUGCAACUACCAGAGUUAACUAAGAAACAGCACAUUAUUGGUUAUGAACCUCUGUUGUCUGGAAAACAUGAUAGAAAUAUAGUGCACCACAUGACCCUGUUUGAGUGCCAGUCAAAAUCAUAUCCUGGAUCCGACCCUUCUUCGUGGGACAUUUGGGUAAGAAGUUCCGGCACGGUGUGCAACAGUAACCUACUGACACCGCGGGACUGGGAUUCCUGUUCCACGCCAGUUGCAGUCUGGUCGUUGGGAUCUGAUGGACAGUUUAUGCCACCCCAUGCAGGAAUUCCAAUGGGAGGGGCAUCUGGAGUUAAAUAUUAUAUGUUAGAAAUACACUAUGAUAAUCCCCAUGGAAAAUUAUUUGUAGAUCAUUCGGGAUUUCGAAUACAUUACACACAGAAUCUGCGAACGUACGAUGCCGGAAUCCUAAUUAAUGGCGUAUCUAUUUCGGAAACUCAACUCAUCCCACCUGGUCAAAAGAAGUACCGAAACGUCGGCAUUUGUGGACCUUCUUGUUCAAGCGUCAUGUUCCCCGAGGACGGUAUCAAAGUAAUUUCUGGAACGUUGCAUUCACAUCAAGCUGGUCGCCAAAUAAGUCUUCGGCACAUUCGCUCUGGAAAAGAGUUAAAUCCUAUCAUUGUAGACGAAAACUACGAUUACAGACAUCAAAAAGUCCAUCAGCUUGCUAAUGAAACGGUUGUAUUACCUGGGGAUUACCUUAUUACAGACUGUUCCUAUGACACAAAACUCAGAAAGCGACCCACAUUCGGCGGCUAUUCAACGAAAGAAGAAAUGUGUCUUACCUUUAUUACUUAUUACCCAAGGAUUGAGUUGUCUGGAUGCUACAGUAUGACACCGGUUCGCGAGUUCUUCGAGAUGUUCGGUGUUUACCAAUUCUAUUCUUUAAAUAUGACUGACAUUGAGAACAUGUUUCUUUACAGUGGAGAUUACGUUGACUAUAGUACAAAUACAAGAAAUACAACAACAAAACCAAAGUACGGAAAAACGUCCAACGAGGACGUUAUUUACCAAGAAUCUUUGUUAAACAAACUAGUUAUAUCCGAGCCUCCCGAGUUUCACGAUCGCACAUUUUUAGCGCACUUAAAUCAAUUGCCGUGGUACGAGCCCCUCUUUACAAAACGUGUAGAGCAAGAGUUUAUAACAGGGAAGCAUAUGACGUUUUGUCGUGUUUCCAAUGAAUCAAUAUCAAUUCCAUCGGAAAUAAUUCGGUUCCCCGAUUUUACUGCAUUUGUUAAACCUCCUACAGCCUGUUUAAAUUAUUUUUUCACUGACAACGAAGAACUUCGAUCGGGAGGCUCAAGACAUCUUACUGAUUUUACCUUUAGUCUACUUCUAUUUGAAAUUGGUUUGCGAAAAAUAGUAUUGUAAAGAAAAACUGCGAACAGUAUUUUUUACAACAUGAUUGAUAAAGCUAACUUACCAAUAAUAAUCGAUCGUUAAAGUAUUCAGGAAUAUUUCAGUCAAUAUUCGUUAAAAAUAAAUAAGAAAUCGAUUUAAAUUAGACAUGUACCUACGCUUAUAAAAUUAUUAAAAGGCUUACCUCAAUUUCAAUUAAAUUUUUUAUAUAUUUCAAAGACUUCUGCAAACAGGUUAAAAUCUUAUUUAGAAGGUCUUAAAAAUAACUUAAAAGUUUUUUAAGAAACAUGCUCUGAAAUUGGAAAAACAAAUGACAUUUUUAAAUUGAGGAAAAAAACUCCCAAAGUAUUUGAAUGAACUCUCUGACUUGAAGUCUUUACAAGUUCUGAAAGUUUCGCUGUAUAUAAUUUAUUUAUAACAUUUUAAGGAUAGUAUAAUUGGUACUAAUUAAUUAAGUAUAGAUAUAAGAAUAAUUUGAAUAAAGAAGUAAAUUUAUAAAAA